AUGAAUAAAUACAACAGUGGAGAAGACAGAAAUCAUUGGAAAGAUUGGAAAAAGGAAAAAUCGAAAAACCAGAUAGUGUCAGACGCAAUUGAAACAAACGUCAAAAUGCAUGAGAAAUUUAAUUCUACAUUUGAUGAAUCUGGUGGGAGCUCUCUUCAAAAGCCUCUAAGGCUAAAACGGAAAUUAAAAGAAAUUAGAAGACCAUCGGAUUAUGAUGGAUUGGCACUCCUAUUCGAAGAGUCUAAAGAAGAUAUGAUUAUAAGAAAUAUUGAUGAAGAGACCCUCAAGGAGGAAAGUAAAUUGCCACUAGCAACAACUCUAGGCCGUCUUGAUAUUAGCACUAUCACUCGUUCUAUCUCAGCUUGA